CCCGCCUUUCCAUCAUUUCGUUUUCGUGCCGGCCGCGUGUGGGGUAAAGAUUGAAAACACGUGUUUCCAUAAGGAAUCCACCUAGAUUUAUAGUUUUACGUAAAUAGUAACAAUUUAAUUGUUAUUUUCAACGUAUUUGUGUAGAAAACUCAAGUAAUAAACCAGACAUGACUGAGGCUAAGGAAGUAGUUGCUGAGUCUAAUGGAGAGAAUAAUAAGCAGGAAGAGUCUUCCGAAGAACAGAAUGAGUUGGAAACUGCGAUUAUUCGUCAGGUUGAAUAUUAUUUCGGAGAUUUGAACCUUCCUCGCGACAAAUUCCUACGAGAACAAGUCCAGAUUGACGAUGGAUGGGUACCAUUGGACAUCCUCACCAGAUUCAACCGACUUGCCAAACUGACUAAGGAUACCGAAAUCAUUGCCAAAGCUUUGCUGAAGUCUACCAAUGGAUUACUUGAGGUCUCUGAAGACAAAAAGAAGGUCAGACGUAGCCCUGAAGUACCCAUCCCAGAGAUGAAUGAGGAACGCAGGAAGGAGUUAAGUAGCAGGACUAUUUACGCUAAGGGGUUCCCGAAAGAGUCGACUCUAGAUGACUUGUUGAAGCACUUCAGGCAGUACGAACAAGUUGAGAAUAUUAUCAUGAGGAAAUACCAGGAAAGGUCAACUAAAAAGAGGUUGUUCAAGGGAUCCAUAUUCCUUACAUUCAAGACUAGGGAGCAGGCUGAGAAAUUCAUGGAGUCCAAACCUCAUGAGUACCAGGGCACAGAACUGCUUAUUCACUGGCAAGAAGAUUACAUAGCACAGAAACAAGAAGAAUAUGCCAACAAGAAGGAACAGAAAGAUAACAAAAAAAAUAAGGAUAAGGAACACCAUAAUGUUGAAAAAGAAGAAUUGAAACUACCGACAGGAACAGUAUUGUACUUCAGUGGUGGCACAGAUCAGAUGAAGCGAGAAGACAUCAAAGAGGCACUCUCUACUCUUGGAGCAGACAUAGCAUACAUUGACUUCAAAGUUGGAGACAAAGAGGGGUGGGUGCGUCUUACAAAAGAAAACACUGCAAAGGUUGUUGCUGAAAAAAUGACUGAAAAUAAGAUGAAGAUUGCUGAAGCCGAUGUUGAAUUCAAAGUGCUCGAAGGUGAAGAAGAAUCAACAUAUUUACAGAAAACAGUAGAAGAAAUGGCCAAGAGACGGAAAAACAUGAAAAACUUCAAAAGCAAUAAGGGCAGAAAGGGUGGAAACAAAUACCACGGCAAGAAAAGGCGAAAUGACAAUGACGAUGGCCCCCCUAGAAAAGUUAAAGCAAAUGAGAGUUAGUUAUAGAUGGUGCUGCCGUAGAGGGAACUCUAUGCUAACCAUAGACUUUCAUAAUUGCUUCUAAGUAUAAGAUAAACUUGAUUACAAGAAAUAUAAUGUUUGUUAACAAUCCGAAACGGUGUUAUCCUAGUUUUUGAUUUGUUCCAUAAAUAUUUACUAUUAAAAUUUAUCUUUUAAGGAUUAUA